GGGGGGGGGGGGGGGGGGGUAACAAUUAUCCCUCUUCCCUGGAGAAUCCAGAUCACAUUGUGCUCUGUUGUAGCCAGCACUAAGCUGUGAGGAGGAAUUGCAAUACUUGCCAUAAGUGUUAACUCAUUGUUACAGGCGAAGGAGAAGCAGCUUUGAGUUGUUAAACAGACACUACCAGAGAUAAAGAGAGAAAGUGGUGAAAGGGGUCCAAGUGAGGAAGCUGAACAGAAGACAUACUCAAGGAGAAUGGUGGACUAAAAAUAAUACAUUUCAUCAUUUACUCAAGAGGCACCUUCAUCUCUUAGAGCUGUCAGAGCACUUAAUCAAAUGCCACGUGGCUGAAAACUAAUGGAAUGCCAAUCAUUAUGUUACAAAAUAUGAAGAUUUAGUGAAACCCUCAUCACCAUUGUUUAAGGGAAAAGGCACUGUUAUUAAAUUAAAUCAGUAUUUGUCUGAGUCUGUCAUAUUGAGUUACAUAUUUAUAUCUCCUUUUGUUACUGUACAUGUAUUACUAUGACUAAGGUUCACAAGGUUUGUGCAGGUGGGAAUACAGACAGGAUAUUGCCUUAUUGAACACAAAAGCAUAGCAAUCACUUGACUUUGAAGGACAUGGUUUGUUUUUAUUUAUUUAUUUAUUUUGCCUUUUUUGUUUUUACUGUCUCCCUUCUUUUUUAUUUGCUUUCCCCCAUUUCUCCCACAUCUUCUCUCUUUCCCACACACCCUUCCCCCAUAUCUAAUCCACUCCCCAAAUCCACAGAUUUCUCAGCAAAUGCAUUCACAUGCUUGGGACGCAUGACUUGUCAGGAUAUUCUUUCAUUUCCUCGUCUCACAAACAAAGGAUAUUACUUAUAUAUUGCAAAUAACUCAAAUGUACUUACAAGUUAAAUUGUAAUCGAUGAUUAUUGCAUAUAAACUAUGAAUAAAAAUAAGCAGUACUACGUUCUUGCCUUGUUUAUCCUCUAUCUUGUGUUUCUGCAGCAGCGUUUAUGCACAUCAAUAUGCAGUCACUCUGUAGAGAAAAGCACUGACGAAGAAACCAUCAUAAACUACCAAGCAAGAUUUAGCAUCAGGAGCAAGCACAAACAUAGCCGCUUUGAAUGUUUCUUUUCCGUGUGAAUUAUGGAUCAUGUCUGACAACAUAUCACCUCGCUCUUUAAUAAAUAAAUAAAUAAAUAAAAAUACAGUACAACUGUGGUGACUCCUGCUUCACAUUGAAGUGCUUUAUUAUGCUUCUUUAAAUUUUGCACAUGGAAUACAAUACCUUUCUUUAUAAACCUCAUUCAUUUUGAAAAUCCUUUAAAGUGUUUCUCACCCAUGCCUUUUAAAAUCUCACCGCAGGUCUUUGGUAUUUUAGAUUAGGUAUGUGAAUAUUAUUUACUGACUGGAAAUGAUCAAUCCCUUUUCUUUGUGCUUUAAGACUGUUUUCAGCACCAAAUGACUGCUAAGCUGCAGCACUACCACUCCCCAUGUCUAUAAAGAAUUUAUUAUUUUUAUGCUUUUGAAGUUCUGCUGUUACACGAUACCACAUAUAGCUUGAUCGAUUUCUGGGGAUGAAGAAACUGUUCAACAGUUGAACAGCACUUACUGGUAUGAUUGCUUUUUCUUUCAGCUUAUUCUGGUCGUUGAACUUUGCACGUUUAUGACUCAUGUACAUCAAAGCCUAACUCAUAAUAUUUUUCUUUAGUCAUCUUUAAAUGCUGACAGUGUCAAAUCCGAUGCUUUGUAUUUGUGCUCCCUAUCAUGUUUUAAUCUGAACAUCCGAUAUCCCAUCACCUUGUGUUAGAGCAUCCAAUUGUAUUAGUAACUGUUCAUGUUAUUGAGACUGUAAUAUUGCUUCAAUGUUGCUAUAAUCUGUUUGUGUCCCAUUCUACUUCUCCUUCCUUUUGUCUCUUUCUGACCAACCAUUUCCCCACAUCUCCCCCUCUCCCUAGUUCAAGGGGUCUCAAUUUUUUUGCAAUCAUCAAUCCCUUUAGCUGGCAAAAAAAGAGAAAAUCUAAAAUAUACCGUAGUCCAAGUACUCAAAUAUUGCAUUAUAACGUCACAUUACUAUAGUCAUAGAAAGAAUAGUUCGGUUUGAGCAUGUCAUAUCUAAUGAAGAGUAUCACAUCUGGUCUUGCUCCUUCUGUGAAUCUGUGAUUUUACAUAUGAACAUAUGCCAUCCCUGAUCCAUGCAGUCAAAGCGCUUCCAUGUGUUUAUGAUCAAAAGAAGCCAUGAAAAAUACAGUAGAAUUUAUUAAGACAAGCUGCUGAACAAUAAAUAGUAAUAAUAAUAAUAAGAAGAAACUACCAAAUAGCAUAAUGCAUUUAUGUAUUAUGCAGACUUCUGAUUGCCUAAUAAAAGAUGUCAUUUACAGUUUCUUCAUAUCCAAGGUACACAAUGUCUGACCAUGAGGAUCUGAGCAAAGCCAUGGGCCACUGGAACGCCUCGGACAGCUAUCAGCUGAAUGCAGCUAGCGUGAUUGUGUCCGUUGUGUUCUCACUCAUCUUCCUGCUGGGCACAGUGGGGAACAGCCUGGUGCUUGCUGUGCUCCUGCGCAGCGGCCAGCUCAGCUACAACACCACCAACCUGUUCAUUCUCAACCUCAGCGUGGCUGACUUCUUCUUCAUCAUAUUCUGUGUGCCUUUCCAGGCCACCAUAUACUCAUUGGAGGGCUGGGUAUUUGGCUCCUUCAUGUGCAAAGUGGUGCACUUCUUCAUCAACCUCACCAUGUAUGCUAGCAGCUUCACCCUUGCUGCUGUCUCUGUUGACAGAUAUUUGGCCAUUCGUUACCCACUGCGCUCCAGAGAAUUACGAACGCCCUGUAAUGCGGUUGUUGCCAUGGUGAUCAUUUGGGGUCUGUCUCUUGUCUUUGCCGGCCCUUACUUGAGCUAUUAUGACCUGAUUGAUUUCGAAAACAGCAACGUGUGUGUUCCCGGUUGGGAGGAAUACAACCGCAAAGUACUGGAUACCUGCACCUUUGUGUUUGGCUAUGUCAUCCCUGUACUCAUUGUCAGCCUGUCUUACACACGCACCAUCAAGUAUCUCUGGACAGCCGUUGACCCACUGGACGGCAUGUCCGAGUCUAAGCGAGCCAAGCGCAAAGUCACCAAGAUGAUCAUAAUCGUCACUGUUCUGUUUUGCAUCUGCUGGCUGCCCUACCAUGUGGUCAUCCUGUGCUACUUGUAUGGAGAUUUCCCCUUCAAUCAGACCACAUAUGCAUUCAGGCUGCUCUCACACUGCAUGGCUUACGCCAACUCCUGCCUUAAUCCCAUUGUCUAUGCGCUGGUGUCCAAGCACUUCCGCAAGGGCUUUAAGAAAGUGUUCAGCUGCAUUCUCAGUAAAAAAGGGCGCAAUAAGGUGCAUGUGGUGCAACUGGCUAACACUGUGCCUGGCUUUGAAGCUGCCUCCACCGAGGUAUCACACAUGAACGAAGAGAACGGCAGACAGAACGAGCGUGAGAUGGCUGACCGCCCCCUUACAGAGUCACAGGAUGCCACCAUGAACAUAACAUUACCUUGCCAGAAGCAGCAAUGAGCAUAGUUAGUAUGGUAGCAAUGGUCAAAAGGGCAAAGAUAUAAUAUCACAAUACUUUUCAUGAUACCUUGUUUGUUUGUUUUUUUUUUUGUUUUGUUUUGUUUUUUACCUUAAAUAAGAAUUUGUAAUAGAUGCAAUGUACCAGCUAAUACAGUACUAGGUUCACUGAUUUUUAUUCAACUCUUAAAAAAGAAGAUAUGGCAUAAUAGAAAAACAUCCAAUUAACUAUAAGUUGCUUUAUGGUUUUAACUUAACUUAUUGACAAAAGUUGUGUAAUUCAUCAAGAUCUACUUUUAAUUGCAAAAUAAAGUUUAUCAUGAAGUAAUCUAUCAUGAUAACAAUCUAACUGCACUAACUGCUGAUGCUAUACCAGCCUUACUGAAUUGUGAAACUAAUGUACCACUGCCACUGGACAUAACCCAUAUGCUUUAACGUUGACAACUAUAGACUAUAUUAAAAUGCUUCUUUAAUUACACACAUAAACAGACAAUAUAUUUUUCAAUAAAAUAAAUUAUUUAUUUUGCUGGGUUUAUUUCUUGUAAUUAUUAAAAUGUGCUAUAAAUUAAAUGUGUUAUUUAAAAGCUGCAAAUAUCUAUUUUUAAUGGCUUUUUGAACAUGUUGCAGUGUAUAAUGCUUCUGUGCUGAUUAAAUGAUUCUGUGAUUAAAAAAAAUUACAUCUGGUAAUUAUGUAAUGCACUCUAAUGUCCUAAGAAUUCUGUAUUCAUAUCAAAUGUAUGAUGUAUUUUUCUGUCUCACUUCUGACUAAUCUCUGCGUGCUUGUGAUCUUCUUACAGAGACUACAUUAAUAAUUAACAAGUGCAAUUUCCAUCCCAGAUUUCACUACUCCACUGUUUACCAACUAUACAUACCAUAUAAGCGUAAACAAAUGGGCUCAUACCAUUUUGCACUUUUAUACUGGUUGUUUACAAACUUCUGAUGUUAUGCUCAUGAUUGCCUUACCUCUACGUCUUGCUGUUCUUUGGUAUUAAGAAGUAACUUGUACAGAGUUGACAUUUAAGAUAUUCAUGUUGGUUGAUUUCAAUAAAAGUA